AUGAGUGUACAUACUCUCCCCGUCUCUUUCUUGACUCCUUGCUCUCCCCAUCUCUUUCUUGACUCCUUGCUCUCCCCGUCUCUUUCUUCACACCUUGCUCUCCCCGUCUCUUUCUUGACUCCUUGCUCUUCUCGUCUCUUUCUUGACUUCUUCCUCUCCUCAUCUAUUUCUUCGCAUCUUGCUCUCCACAUCUCCUUCUUCGCAUCUUGCUCUCCCCGUCUCUUUCUUCACUCCUUGCUCUCCCCGUCUCUUUCUUCACUCCUUGCUCUUCCCGUCUCUUUCUUCACUCCUUGCUCUUCCCGUCUCUUUCUUCACUCCUUGCUCUCCCCGUCUCUUUCUUCACAUCUUGCUCUCCUCGUCUCUUUCUUCUUUUGUUGUUUCAUCUUUUUUGUUCCCCCCCCAACCAGUUUUCUUCUUCUCAUCUAUUUUGCUACCCGACAUAAUCUUCCACUUUUGUCUCUUUUGUUCUCCUGUUUUUCUUUCCUCGUUUCUUUCUUUCCCCUCUCCUCAUCUGUUUUGUGGGCGUCCUCUACUUGUGUCUUUCCUCCUGUCCUUGGCUCCUCAUUUUCUAAUCACUUAGUGACCCAAAUGAAGUGGCGUCUGCAAGAAGGAGAAGGAGAAGCAAUCUAUGAGAUUGGAGUUGAGGACAAUGGAGUUCUUGCAGGCUUGCCAAAACCGGAGCUUGAUAGCUCAGUCAAUACGUUAAAAAAAAUGGCCAAAAAACUUGGUGCUACAAUUACGAUACUAAGGGAGAGAACUGUGGAAACUGACACACGGAAAGCUCUGCAAGUUCUUGUUCGAAAAGUUCCUGAUGAUCAACAAUUCAUUGACUUACGACUUGCAGUAUUAGGAAAUGUUGAUGCUGGAAAGAGUACGUUACUUGGAGUUCUCACACAAGGGGAAUUGGACAAUGGCCAGGGGAGAGCACGUCUCAAUUUGUUCCGUCAUUUACAUGAAAUUCAGUCUGGGCGGACAUCAAGUAUAAGUCAUGAUAUCUUAGGGUUUAACAGCAUGGGACAGAUUGUCAAUUACAAAGAAGCACGGACAGUUGAAGAAAUCUGUGAGAAUUCCAUGAAAUUGAUCACUCUCAUAGACUUGGCAGGGCACCAGAAAUACCUGAAAACCACUAUCUUUGGUCUGACCGGUUAUUGUCCUGAUUGUGCUAUGCUUGUAGUCAGUGCAAACACUGGAAUGGCUGGUACAACUAAAGAACAUUUGGGUUUUGCCCGAGCACUUGACGUCCCUGUGUUUGUUGUGGUCAGUAAAAUUGACAUGUGCCCAGAAUCUCUUAUGGAAAAGACCAUCAAGCAAUUGGAAAAGAUUCUCAAGUCUCCAGGUUGCAACAAAGUACCGUUCCGUGUGAUGAAUGAGGAUGAUGCUAUAACUGCUGCAACCAAUUUUGAUUCGCAAAGCAUCACACCUAUCUUCUCAAUAUCCAAUGUCACUGGAAAGAAUUUAGAUUUGCUGAAGAAGUUUCUGAAUGUAGUUCCUCCAUUAAGGAACUUGAAGGACAGAGAGAAAUACAUUCAGGAUUUGACAGAAUUUCAGGUGGAUGAACUUUUUACUGUUCCUGGAGUUGGAACUGUGGUUGGAGGAAAUCUGAAACGGGGCUCAAUUCGCGAGGGUGAUGACCUGAUGUUGGGGCCAAUGUUAGAUGGAGACUUUCACAAAGCAACUGUUAAAACCGUGCACCGAAACCGUCUUCCCUGUCGGUUAAUACAGGCAGGACAGUCUGCUACAGUGGCAUUGCUUAAUGUUGAGAGGGAAUCUUUACGAAAGGGUAUGGUGUUGGUCAGUCCACAGCCUUUGUUAUUUGCAUGUAUAGAAUUUGAAGCAGAUAUCUAUGUCCUGUUCCAUGCUAAACAAAUCACAACUGGAUUCCAGACAACAAUACAUGUUGGGAAUGUUCGGCAGACUGUGAAAAUUAUUAAAAUGGACAAAGAAGCCAUAAAGACCAAUGAAAAAGCUCUGGUGACAUUCCACCUGAUCAAACAACCUGAGUACAUUCGUGUUGGAGCUCGACUGCUUUUCCGUGAGGGCCGAACCAAGGGAAUGGGGGAAGUGGUUCAUGUCUAUCCCUACUUGGAUAAACCCCCUCAUAGAUAA